UCAGUUCCGCUAGUGGAACAAUCCACGUAAGAAGUUUUUACGGUCGAGGAAUUAACACAAUAAAGUUGUUUUAAAAGUUAUAAGUAAAUCUAUAAUAAAAAUGGCUGACAAACACGAUCUGCUACUGCUGUUCGAGCGCCCCAAUGAACCUGUGUUCAUGGAAAAAGGCAAAACUAUCACGGUCUUUGACGUUCCCGAUAAAUUUUUGACCGAUCGUUACCGCCCCAUUGGUAGUGAGGUGCAAACCCGCUUUGGUGAGAAGGCUGAGAAACGCAUUCCAGUACGCGAUGUUUCACUGCCUGAUUUGCGCAUACCCAUGUCAUUGGGGCGUGAUGAACAAUUCUCAUUGUUUAUUCCUCGUCAUAGGCGUAUUGCUGGACGCUUGAUUGAUAUUUUCAUAGGAUUACGUUCAAUAGAUGAUUUGCAAAGUGUUGCUGUUUAUGCUCGUGAUCGUUUAAAUCCUUUCCUCUUUAAUUAUGCCCUCUCUGUGGCAUUGUUACAUCGUCCAGACACUAAGAGCUUAGAUUUGCCUUCAUUUGCUCAAAACUUCCCCGAAAAGUUUGUGGACUCCCACGUAUUCCGCCAGGUGAGAGAAGAAGCUACCGUUGUUUCCGAAGGCUCUCGCAUGCCAAUUAUUGUGCCCAGAGAUUAUACUGCUUCUGAUUUGGACCCCGAACAUCGUUUGUGGUAUUUCCGUGAAGACAUGGGUAUUAAUCUACAUCACUGGCAUUGGCAUUUAGUGUAUCCUUUUGAAGCUGGCGAUCGUAGUAUUGUAGCCAAGGAUCGUCGUGGUGAAUUAUUUUAUUACAUGCAUCAACAGAUUGUUGCUCGUUACAAUUUGGAACGUUUUAGCAACAAUUUGGGCCGAGUCGCCAGAUUCAAUAAUUUCCGUCAACCCAUUCCUGAGGGUUAUUUCCCAAAAAUGGAUUCCUUGGUAGCUAGUCGUGCUUGGCCACCUCGUUUUGACAACACAGCCCUUUCUGACCUUAAUCGUGAAUUGGAUCAAAUUAACUUGGAUAUUUCAGAUCUGGAAAGAUGGCGUGAUCGCAUUUUCGAUGCCAUACACCAAGGUUUCGUAGUAGAUGAAAGUGGCAACCGCAUUACUCUGGAUGAACAACGUGGUAUCGAUGUUCUGGGUAACAUUAUGGAAUCUUCAAUUAUUUCUCCCAAUCGUUCAUUUUACGGAGAUCUUCACAAUAUGGGUCAUGUCUUCAUUUCUUAUGCCCAUGAUCCAAAUUAUCGGCAUUUGGAAUCGUUUGGUGUUAUGGGUGAUGCAGCCACCGCCAUGCGCGAUCCUGUUUUCUACAAAUGGCACGCCUAUGUAGAUGAAAUAUUCCAAGAACACAAAACCCGCUUAAAUCCCUAUACUCUGCCAGAAUUACAAUAUGAUGGAGUUACCAUUUCUGGUGUUCAGGUGGCAGCCGAUGGUGGUCGUCCCAAUGUUCUGUCCACAUUCUGGCAACAAUCUGAUGUUGAUCUAUCAAGAGGAAUGGAUUUCGUACCCAGAGGCAAUGUUUUUGCUCGCUUUACUCAUUUGCAACAUGUACCCUUCACAUAUACUAUUAAUAUCAAUAAUGAAAGUGGAGCUCAACGUUUCGGUACAGUACGUAUAUUUUUGGGACCAAAGACCGAUGAGAGAGGACAACAGUGGUUGUUUAGAGAUCAGCGUUCAAUGAUGGUAGAAUUGGAUAAAUUUGUUGUUACACUUAAUCCCGGUCAAAAUACCAUUCGCCGUCGUUCUACUGAUUCCAGUGUUACCAUACCUUUCGAACGUACUUUCCGAAAUUUGGAUGCUAAUCGUCCUGCCGCUGGUUCUGCCGAAGAAUUGGAGUUCAAUUUCUGUGGUUGUGGUUGGCCACAACAUAUGUUGAUUCCUAAGGGUCUGCCCGAAGGACUGCGCUGUGAACUCUUUGUCAUGGUGUCUAAUUACGAAGUAGAUCGAGUCGAUCAACAAUUGGUGGGUGCUUGCAGUGAUGCUGCUUCCUAUUGUGGUGUUCGUGAUCGUCUAUAUCCCGAUCGUCGUGCAAUGGGUUUCCCCUUCGAUCGUUUGCCUCGCCAAGGAGCUGAUCGUUUGAUAAAUUUCUUGACACCCAACAUGAGCAUUGUAGACGUUGUUAUUCAAAACGAUCCCAAUCGAAUCGUACAACGUCAAAACUAAGUGAUUUUGUU